AUGUCAAGGCAAGGUAGUCUCCCUCCUGCUUUUCCUCCUACACCCGAGGACGAGACGGGCAUGGCUCAGCUACAUCCUGACAGCGGCCGUGCGAAAUCGACCCAAGGAAUUACUCCAGUCAAUCGCAGUGGCAUCAUGGACAGUGUUGUUGAUACUCCAACGUCUCCCUCAUCGUCUCUCGCCCUCUCACGCUUCGAGUUCGAGUAUGGAAAGGGUAACGAGGGUACGAAGGUGCUCAUGGUAGAAUGGGAUUGUAUGGCGACUGAAUCGGACAAUAUAUCCGAAAACCCAACAGAAACCCCAGCUCGCCAAUACCGCAAAGGCGCGACAGAUCAGGAUUGGGUCAUCACGUGGGAGGGGAAAGACUCCCACAAUGUGCUUGCAGCUGCCAGCAUUGACGCCAACGGCGAUGAUGCAGAGAGACGAAUGUAUUUCUUGCUCCCCCCUGGUGCCACCAUCCCGCAUCUUGUGAGCAUCACCCGUGUUAUGAAAGGCGGUAUGGAUUGCAGUGGCAGCGAGAGCAAGGAAGAAGACUUGAUACUCUGGACGAAACCCAUGCCGGCCAUCUAUCCGACCAGUCUUGGGUCAGAGCCAGGUCAGGCCGGCAGGUGGGGCGUACUGCACACCCUGUGGGCUAGACAAAAACUUGCAAGCCUAGAAGCUGAGAUUGAGGCCGAGAUGAAAGCCAACAGCGAGAGCGUGGGAUUGCAGAUUGCACUCCAGGAGCAAGACUGGAUUUCAACCCACUUUGGAGUCAGUCAUACCGGCCAUCCCAGGGCGAACUCGCCAUAUCUGCCGAGCACCGUGGGCGCUGACCGGAUUGCCCUAUCACGGUCACCGAUAGGCGGGAAACUCGGCGAAAAGCUCAGUGGUCUGAGAUUGGCAACGUCACCUACUGAGCUGGUGGCGGCGCUACACGAUGUCGUUGACGUACCAAUGCUGGCAGCCAUUGGCACCAGUGUGGGCCUCCGCACCUCCAUCGAACCGCACAUUAGCGGUCAUGGCUCACUCGAUGCCGUCAUUGGCAAGAGCCAAAAUGGAAACAGGAAUACAAACGACGACGCGAAAUUGGGUGGCGGUCGUCCUGGUACAGAAGACGAUCUAUUUGCCCUGCCGCUAAGUCCUCGGAGCCCUGAGAUGGCCAGGAGUCCUUUCAGCCUUCUGUAG